CGCUUCUCCGCGCCGUAGCCCCGGCAGAGGCCGCGUCGGGCGCGGGCAGGGCCGGGCUGGAACUGGGCCGGGGCGCACCGACGGCGACUGCGACGGCGGGGCAUGGCGGGGGUGGCGUGCGAGCCGCCGGCCAGGCCGAGCCUCACCUCCAUCUCGUCGGGGGAGCUGCGCAGCCUGUGGACCUGCGACUGCGAGCUGGCGGUGCUCCCGCUGGCCCAGCUGCUGCGCCUGCAGCCCGGAGCCUUCCAGCUGCGCGGCGACCAGCUCGUGGUGCCCGGGCCGGGCGAGCCGGUGGCCGUGCGCGGGGGCUUCAACGUCUUCGGGGAUGGCUUCGUGCGCCUCGAUGGGCAGCUCUAUCGCCUCAGCAGCUACAUCAAGAGGUAUGUGGAACUGACCAACUACUGUGAUUAUAAAGACUACAGGGAAACUAUAUUGAGCAAACCAAUGCUGUUCUUCAUUAAUGUACAGACAAAGCAAGACACCUCAAAAGAAAAGACAUAUGCGUUUCUUGUGAACACAAGGCACCCCAAGAUAAGAAGACAGCUAGAGCAGGGGAUGGACAUGGUCAUCUCCUCGGUGAUUGGAGAAAGUUACCGACUGCAGUUUGAUUUUCAAGAAGUAGUGAAGAAUUUUUUCCCUCCAGGAACUGAAGUGAUUAACGGAGAAAAUCUGAGCUUUGUGUACGAAUUCAAAGCUGAUGCCUUAUUUGAUUUUUUCUAUUGGUUUGGCCUCAGCAAUUCCACUGUGAAAGUGAACGGAAAAGUUCUGAAUUUGUCAAGUACAAGCCCAGAAAAGAAAGAGACAAUUAAGUUAUUUCUGGAAAAAAUGAGUGAACCUUUCAUCCGAAGGAGCAGUUUCUCUGACCGAAAAUUCAGUGUAACUUCCAGAGGUUCAAUAGAUGAUGUUUUUAACUGCAGUCUGUCACCCAGAUCAUCUCUGACAGAGCCUCUUUUGUCAGAAUUGCCAUUUCUGAGUGUUCUGGAGUCUGAAGAGAUACCCAACCAAUUUAUCUGAUUGGACGGAACAUUCUUGGCGUCACUCCUCUACUCUAGUAGAGGGGAUGAGAGGGGGUGGGAGGUGGAUACUUCCACCCCUUGCCAACCCCAUCUCCCCCAUGCCUUCCACAGAGGGUUCCUUUCUUCACUCCCUUGGCAUCAUGCCCUGGCAGGCCCAAAGCAGCUGGCUUCCUUCAAGGCUACAGUUACCAGUGUGGAAGAGUUUUGGCUCCAUGCUGUGGGGGUGGGGCAUCCUCUACUUCGCACACUUCUCUAAGGCUGCAGGGUCCUGCAACCCUGAAUCUUUGCUCCGUACCCUGGUGCCAUAGAUGUUUUCCUGGCAGCUGCCAUGGGAGUCAUCUGACUUGGUAGUUGGCUCAAGCAUCACCUGUGAUGUUUUCUAAAUCAGAGUCUGGCCCUCUGCGUGGGAGAUCCUUGAUAAUGCCCAAAGCCAGGAAGCAUGAGUCUCACAACGCUUUUUCUUCAAAGCUGCUGAGCAGAAAGCCGGCACCAGUUUUCAUGAGGAGGCGUGCAUGUGUUCUGUGCUGCCUCUAUGGAAUCUUAUGAGAAACUUCAGGGUUAAGGUAGCUGGGGGAUUGGCCAGGUAACUAGCGUAGUAACCCUGACAUUCCUUGCCUGAAAUGUGAAAUACUUUGGCCUCCCUCUUAGCACGUGGCCAUGCAGAAUGAGGUCAGAUGAUGCAGUACAUGGCAGCCUCCUCCUUCCUGAAAGCACAUUGUGUCAGUUGGGCAUUUAAAAUAAGCUUCUAGCCAUCCUAACAUGAAAAGAAAAAUAGAAGAAAGCUAUAUAUUAUCAUAAUACAUUUUUCAUCUCAGCUACAAUGGAAUUCUUCAAAAGAAAAAAGCCUAUUGCCGUAUAAAACUUUGCAUGAAUGAAUCACUACAUAUGCUCAUACUAAGAUUUAUGGCUCCCGAAUACCAUUUUUAUAUCUUUUAAAGGAAGUAUUCCUGUAUUAUACAUUUUGAUAACACUACUGAUGGUACUGCCAUUUAUAUUUGAAAUUUCAUGUAGUACAUUUGCACAAUUAAAAUUUUCUUAGCAUUCAACCUAGAAUUGAUUAAAUUUGUGACCACGGG